GUUCCACCAUCAGUCUGCUCUUGGACUCGCUGCGUUUGAGACCACAGUAACGAACGGGCAUCUUAAAGCAGGAAGAGAUAAAACAGAAAGCUAGCAGAGAGAAAAAGAAUGCGCAUUGCAAGAAGUUUUUAAAGGAGGAUAUUAUUUCUCAGAAACUUGAUAUUAAAUCGACAGAAAAACACGUCCACACAAUUUUUUCGAGAAGACUCGCAGAACUGUCCUGUCAACGAGGGCUGUCCUGUGUAAGCUUUCAUGCCCAGGAGCAGUGAGAGAGUGGAGCCCCAGCAGUGGCCGUGAGUCCCUGGGAUGCACGGACGACCAGUUCCCCCUGUUUCUCUCAGGCCUCCAGAAGCCCAAAACAGGGUGCCAGUGAGAGAGUGUGUGGGCCCACUGAUCAGCUGCUACUAUGGCCCUGGUUCAGGCUCCGCCCGUCUCCUCUGCUGAGCACCACACCCCCAGCCGCAGCGGGGCCCGCAGUCGCCACCCCUCCGGCCCCCACUCUCCCCCCGCUGCUCCACCCUCCUCCCUGGACGCCAUGGGCUCCGUCAGCAGCCUCAUCGCCACCCGCCCCACCUACCAGGACCACCACAGCCGGCCUGCUGCAGAGCUGGGCACCAGAUUCCGACGACAGACCCCCGGGGUUUCCAGCCUGGACACCGACACAUGCCAGGACUCCCUGCUCCGCUGCCUGACCCCGCCCAGCAAGAAGCAGAGCACGGCCGUCUCCGGUAAAGUCCUGCAGAAGGAUGGAGGGAACGGGAACUACACCUACCUGAAUGUGGACUAUGUCGGGGACUGGAAUGACAACCACGUGGCUUCCGGUAGUCCUGGGAGUGACACAGAGGAGGCCAGGGAGGGCCAGGGUCUGAACGGGAACAUGGGCGGACCCCCUCCCAAGCUGGUACCUGUGUCUGGGAAACUGGAGAGGCACAUGGAGAAAACCGUCAUCCGGCCCACCGCCUUCAAACCCGUCGUUCCUAAAAGCCGCAACUCUAUGCAGUACCUCUCCCCUCGCCAUGGGCACAGCCUGUCGGAGAGCCAGAGCAAUCUAAACCUAUUAAGCCCCGCCCACAGGGAGUCUCCUUCCUGUUCUGACAAACGGAACUCUUACAGCGGCGCCCGCAACGGAGGAAGCAACCAAUCUUGUUCCUUGUCCGACUCUGGACGCAACUCUCUGUCCAGCCUGCCCCCCUACAGCAGCACUGGGUACAGUCUGGCCCAAGGAGAGGCCCCUGGAGGGCACCUGGAGCCAAUGAAGAACGCCCCGGUGAACGGACAUGGACACUCCAACUCAGACAGCGGCCGCUCCUCCUCCAGUAAAAGUACGGGCUCCGGGUCGCUGAGCGGGCGAGGGCAGCCCCUCUCAGACAGUGGGUCUAGCGGGCGGUCCCCUGUCCCAGUGGAGGGCUACGAGGGUGUGGUGAGAGACCUGGAGGACAAGCUGAGGGAGAGAGAAGUGGAGCUCCAGCAGCUCCGGGAAAACUUGGACGAGAAUGAGGUGGCCAUCUGUCAGGUUUACGACGAAAAGCAGAAGCGCUUUGAGCUAGAGUUGGAGGAACUGCGUCAGAGCUGCGCCACCCGGAUGCAGACGGCCUCCCAGAAGGCUCAGCGAGCCCAGCAGGUGCUGCAGCUGCAGGUCUUCCAGCUGCAGCAGGAGAAGAAGAAGCUGCAGGAGGACUUUGCCCAGCUGCUGCAGGAGCGGGAGCAGCUGGAGGAGCGCUGCAGCUCCUACGAGCACGAGAAGAUCCAGCUGGGGCCACGCCUCGAGGAGACCAAGUGGGAGGUGUGUCAGAAGUCUGGGGAGAUCUCCCUGCUGAAGCAGCAGCUGAAGGACAUCCAGGGGGAGCUGGCCCAGCGUGUGGGUGAGAUCGUGUCCCUGCGGGGCCAGCUGAGAGAGACCCGGGGUGAGGCCACCAACCACCAGGCCCUGCUGCAGGAGGCCACCUCCACCAACCGCACGCGCACCCUGGAGCUGGAGGUCUGCGAGAACGAGCUGCAGCGCCGCAAGAGCGAGGUGGAGCUGCUCCGCGAGAAGCUGUGUCGUCUGGAGGAGGAGACAACCCGCCUCCGCGACGCCCUAGCCAAUCAGGGCCAAGGCCUCGCCCAUCACAGCAACAGGCACUGCCAGGUCUUCCACGAGGGGGAGGAGCAGAUGCUAGCCUACGAGAGCGACGAAUCCAAAGCCCAGCGUCAAGGCAACAGCGAUGCCGUGCAGAACAUGCGGCUGCAGCUGGAGAGGCUGAGGGGGGAGCUGGCGUUGGAGAGUCAGCGAGGGGAGGAGCAAGCGGGGAGCUUUGAGGAUGAGCGGCGGGUGUGGCAAGACGAGAAGGACAAGGUGAUCCACUACCAGAAGCAGCUGCAGCAGAACUACGUGCAGAUGUACCGCCAGAACCGGGAGCUGGAGCGGGCCCUUCGGGAGCUGAGUCAAGAACUGGAGACCAGGGAUGAGCUCGACGAGCAGGAGGAGGGCAAUGAGAUCAACUUUGAUGAGAUUGCUGCCACUGAGAUCUAACCCUACUAUCAUCCACUCUCUGUCUGUCUGCCUGCCUGCCACGUGUCUCAUCCCCUGGGAAACUCUACUCUAUAGGAAGCCUGUGGCCUCUAUAAGUCGUUAGUAG